GUCCCAUCGCUGUCCUUUAUCAACAUCGUCCAUUCUUCUUCUCUUCUCUUCCAACCAUCCAUUCUUCACUACACACACGUCAAAAUGAGCGGUAACAAGGCUGUCGCUGAAAACAUGCUCUGGGGAGGUCGUUUCACCCAGGGCCUCGACCCCCUGAUGGUGCAGUACAACAUGUCCCUGCCCUAUGACCGCAUCUUCUGGAAGCAGGACAUUGCUGGCUCCAUUGCCUUCGCCCGGGCCAACCACAAGAACGGCAUCCUGACCGCACACGAGUUCGCUGAGAUCGAGCGCGGCUUCAAGCAGAUCGCCGAGGAAUGGAGCACCAACACCUUCGUCGCCAAGGAGAACGACGAGGACAUUCACACUGCCAACGAGCGCCGUUUGUCUGAGAUCAUCGGCAAGGAGAUUGGAGGCAAGCUGCACACCGGCCGGUCCCGUAACGAGCAGAUUGCCACGGACAUGCGCUUGUGGCUGCGGGAUGAACUGCGCAAGCUGGAGAGCUUCCUGUGCGAUCUCGUCAAGGUCUCCAUUGCCCGUGCGGAGUCUGAACUCGACUACAUCAUGCCGGGUUACACCCACUUGCAGAAGGCCCAGCCGGUCCGCUGGAGCCACUGGCUCCUGUCGCACGCGACCGCCUUUGCCAGCGAACUCCAGCGUCUGCGGGAGGUCAUCAAGCGCGUCAACCGCAGUCCUCUGGGCACCGGUGCCCUUGCCGGCAACCCUUUCCAGAUUGACCGUGAGGCCAUGGCCAAGGAGCUUGGCUUUGAUGGUCUGCUCUACAACUCGAUGAACGCUGUGGCCGACCGUGACUUCGCUAUGGAGACCAUGCAAUGGGGCAGCUCCUUCAUGCUCAAGAUCUCCCGCUGGGCGGAGGAUCUGAUCAUCUACAGCAGCUUGGAGUUUGGUUUUGUCCGGUUGUCCGAUGCUUACUCGACCGGCUCGUCGUUGAUGCCUCAGAAGAAGAACGCAGACAGCCUGGAGCUUCUGCGUGGUAAGGCCGGUCGUGCCUUUGGCCAGAUGGCCGGUCUGAUGUGCACCAUCAAGGGUCUCCCUACUACAUACAACAAGGAUCUGCAGGAGAGUGUCGAGCCCCUGCUCGACCACAUCAAGACUGUCGGAGACAGCAUUCAGAUCGCCACCGGCGUCCUCUCCACCCUCACUACUAUUCCCGAGAAGAUGACCGCCGCGCUGGCGCCGGAGAUGCUGGCCACCGAGAUUGCCGACUACCUCGUCCGUAAGGGUGUGCCCUUCCGCGAGGGUCACCACAUCUCUGGCCGUGUCGUUGCCCUGGCCGAGAAGCACAACGUGCCCAUGGACACCCUGUCCCUGGAGCAGCUGCAGACUGUGGAUGCCCGCUUUGAUGAGGGCGUCCAGGCCUGCUUGGACUACGAGCGUGCUGUUGAACUGAAGGAUGCCGUUGGUGGCACCAGCCGCCGGGCUGUGCUGGAGCAGACCGGUGUUCUUCGCUCAUUGUUGUAGGCGUUUUUGUUUAUUCUGGGAUGGUUGGUUAUGGCAAAAGUUAGCGAUGCUCGGGAUAGAGAUUUGUAUGAUAUCCAUAAUAUUGAUCUAGACAUGAUGAUUAUAAAUGUCUCUCUGCUG